AUGAAGCAGAGCUGCGUCGUCAUCGGCGCGGGCCCCUGCGGCCUCGUGGCCGCCAAGGAGCUGCGCGAGGCGGGCCACGACGUCGUGUGCCUCGAGAAGUCGCAGGUCAUCGGCGGCGUCUUCAGCACGCUCCGCGAGAGCUCCUACGACGACCUCUUCCUCACGGUGAGCAACGUCUUCAUGGCCUACAGCGACUUCCCCUGCGAGGAGGCCUACGUCAAGUACUCGCGCAAGGAGGAGUACGCGCAGUACCUGCACCGCUACAGCGCCGCCUUCGGCCUCGGCGACUGCAUCAAGUUCGGCCACGCCGUCACGAAA